AUGGAUGUUCUAGAAGUCAACAAGAAUGAAAAGCAAAGUUCUCUCUCGAUCACAUCAAACAUUUCACAAACAAAAAAGUCUGCUAAAGACAUGGAAGAGUCUAGAACCUUAACCAAAUUUCAAACGGAGAAGACUACUGGUGCCAUGGCCUGCAACAUUUUCAAUGAGCUACGCCUGGAAGGGAAACUCUGCGAUGUGGUCAUCAAAGUCAAGGGAGUUGAGUUCAGUGCCCACAAGACUAUCCUGUGUGGAUGCAGCUCGUAUUUCCGGUGAGAGGCUUGUCUGUUGUGUGAUUGUACCAUAAACAUGCGAACAAAAAUCACUUUAACAUUCUAAAUAUCAAUUGACAUAGAUGAAGAAUGGAGACUUCAGUCUCAAUCUAUGCCCAGGAGAGAGUACCAAACACUAGGCCAGUUUCACAACACAAUUGAUUAAUCACAAUUUGUCUUCAUAGACACAUCUUCAAUUAUUUCUGGCCUAUGGUUAAUGUUUAAUCAAAAGAGUUUCAUAGAACAGAGACAUGUAUCCAACUCUGGACAGUUACAUUUUUUGAGAAUUGUUUUUCCUUAGUCCCUCAGUGAGUUGUCAAUGUUUUGCCUAUUUCCCCCGCAGGGCUCUGUUCACCAGUGGCUGGAACCCCUGCGAGAAACGUGUGUACACCAUUCCAGGUGUAUCUCCUGAGAUGAUGAGGAUGCUAAUCGAGUACGCCUACACCCGGACCGUCCCAGUCACGGCAGACAACGUGGAGCUGCUCCUAGAGGCGGCCGACCAGUUCUCCAUCCUGGGCAUCGUGCAGGCCUGCUGCCACUUCCUGGAGACCCAGCUGUGUCUGGAAAAUUGCAUCGGCAUCUGCAAGUUCGCCGACUUCUACUCCUGCCCGGAGCUGCAGCGCCGAGCCUUCGUCUUCAUCCUGCACCACUUUGAGGAAAUCGUCUGCUACUCCCAGGAGUUCCUGGAGCUGUCUCUGGCCCAGCUCUGCGACCUCAUUGAGAAGGACGACCUGAACGUGAGGCAGGAGAACGCUGUGUUUGAGGCCAUCCUGCGCUGGAUUGCCCACGCUCCUGCCAGCCGAAGGCACUGGAUCUCUGUGCUACUACCAAAGGUGACGGUCCACUUAUAAAACAGUCACUGAUCAAAGCUACUUUUUUGUUAUCAUAGAGCUACUGGGCAACUAUGGUGCUAAUGACAACCAAGCGAAAUUGGUUUCAUAAUAUUUGAGAAAGCAUUAUGUUAGACAAGAAGCGUGUUUGCUUAGUCUUCCCUACCUCGAUCUGGUUUGCUUUGAGUGUUUUUCAACUGUAUGAAAUCCCUUACAUUUAAUUAUGUCCAUCUAGGUGCGAAUGGCUUUGAUGAAUGCUGACUACUUCAUAAACCAUGUGAGGAACAACUCCCUGGUGAAAGACAGCGAUGAAUGCAAACCCAUCAUCCUCAACGCCUUGAAGGCCUUAUACGAACUCAACAUGCACGGCCCCUCCAUUUCCAGCAACCCGCUGAGGCGACCUCGUCUGCCCUACGCCAUCCUACUGGCUAUCGGCGGCUGGAGUGGAGGCAACCCAACCAAUUUAAUCGAAGCAUAUGACACGAGGGCCGACUGUUGGGUGACCGUAGCGCAGGAAGAGAGCCCACGGGCAUACCACGGUGCCGUGUACCUCAACGGCUUCGUCUACUGCUUAGGCGGCUUUGACAGCGUGGACUACUUCAACAGUGUCCGCAAGUUCAACCCCGUCACGCGCAUCUGGCACCAGGUGGCACCCAUGCACUCGCGGCGCUGCUACGUCAGUGUGACAGUCCUGGAUGGCUGCAUUUACGCCAUAGGCGGCUUCGAUGGCUACGGGCGUCUUACAAGUGUGGAGCGCUACGAGCCUGAGACAAACCAGUGGACCCUGGUAGCGCCGAUGCAUGAGAAAAGGAGUGAUGCCAGUGCCACCACACUGCAUGGCAAGGUAGGCAGAAGUUGAAGGGGAAUAGAUAAGUGAAGCCUGCCAACACUCAUGUUGCAGUUCAAACGAGUAAUUGGUAUGAAAGCUAAAACGGUAAAAGAAAACUAGACUACACCUUACAAGUAAAAAAGAACAGUUGUGAUGUGUCAAUCCUGUGGGGUUCUCUGGCGUUCAGGUGUACGUCUGUGGAGGCUUCAAUGGGACGGAGUGCUUGUUCAAUGCAGAGAGUUACUGUCCCAAGACCAACCAAUGGACCCUGAUUGCCCCUAUGAGGAGUCGCCGCAGUGGGGUCGGCGUCAUUGCAUACAAGGAGCAGCUCUAUGCAGUAAGUUAUACAUUCAACGAGUCAGAGCAGAACUUCUAGUCAGAACAAACUAAGUAGUCAUAUCUGGUGGACUAACACUUUUGUCAUGUGAUUUGGUCUGUACAAUCAAAACACAAGUCCAGGGGUGUGCAGGUGCUUUACUCGUGGUACAAUUAAAAUGGAAGACAUUCAGAAUUGAGGAUAAAACAAAUUGCAGUAACUACCUGGAGCACUGAGACGGCCUUUGGAGACGAUGGUGCUCAGCUCCUCAGUGAGAUUGAUUGCUGUGUAAAACUACCAGUCUGGAAUAGAUGGAGACAUCAAUAGUCUCAGGCUGUAAAGCAAGUUACAUUUUGACAGUACAGCUUGAAUAUAAGCAGCUGUUCUUUCAUGAAGCUUUUCUUUACUUUACAUUUAAUGUAACGUUUCUAAUUAAUGUAUAUGUGGUUAAUUAAACAUACAGAUUGUCUCUAGCUUCUAUUUCUUUCUCACAACAUUUGAAAUCCAAUUAGCCUCAGACUCACAAGAUUGUGUUACCCUAGGUUGGAGGCUUUGACGGUGCCAACCGUCUGAAGACCGCAGCGGUCUACAACCCACUGGACAACACCUGGCGCGCCUUGCCCACCAUGUUCAACCCGCGCAGCAACUUUGGCAUCGCGGUGGUGGAUGACCUGCUCUUCGUGGUGGGCGGCUUCAAUGGUUUCAACACCACCUACAACGUGGAGUGCUACGACGAAAAGACGGACGAGUGGUAUGAGGCCCACGACAUGCCCACUUUCCGCAGUGCCCUCGGUUGCUGCGUCGUGCCCGGCCUGCCCAACGUGGCACAGUAUGCUGCCCCCCGCGACUCCCCAAUGUUGCUCGCUGAGGAAUGGAACACACCUUCCUCCAAGACCAGGCUGGCCUCAAACCUAUAG